AUGGAGGCGGCGGCGGGGAUGAUGGCGAGCGGCGGCGAGGACGUGAACCUGCCGCGCAUCCUCCUCUCCAGCGCCACAACGCUCGCGCUCGACUGCGCCGAGGGCUUCGACCUCUUCGCGCCGGGCAGCUCCCGCGACCCGCGCGUCAACGCCCUGCAGGUGCGCGCCUCCCCGCCCCCUGCUGCUGCUCGGGACUUGCCUUCUCCAGCGUUCGUGGGGUGCUCAUGGUGUUGCACGCGGGUUUGGCGGCGGCAUGUGUGUUGGUACGUGCAGAGAGCAGCGAUGGAUGCGCGCGCGCAGGUGAUGGAGGCGCUGGGGCGAGCAGCGGACAUGGCCGCCAUGAUCGCAGCACACCACGACAGCGCUGCUGCCGCCGCCGUGCCUUCGCCCUCGCCCACUCGCCGCCGCCUGCUGCAAGCCGCCGGCGCGACCAGCGGUGGUGCGGACCCCACCGUCAAGGGUGCAGGCACAGCCAGUGCCAUCACGUUGACCAACCCGCAUAACUCCAUCCCCCACACCGGCACUCCCAACACUCCCGGCACUGGCAAAGGCGCCGCCCACAAACUCAACUCCACUCAGCUCACUCGCCACGGCGCGCAACAGGCUGUGAGUGCAGGCAGGUACGGGCAAUGUUAUCAGGGUGGGCAACUGCGACAACCCCAUCCCCGCCUCCGACACUUCUGGGAUUCCUGGCAUCACUCCUGGCGCCGCCACCGUCACCCGCACCAGCGCGUACUGCAAGGAGUCAGUGCGGGCAGGGCUCAUGAUGGCCCCACCGCCACGGGUGCACGCACAGCCACUGCCGUCACGCACGCCGACCCCCAUAGCACCAUCCUCCACACCACUCCUGGCAUCAGCAAGGCCACCGCCACCGAUCCGCCUUGCGGGCUGCUGCCGGAUCCUUCCCCUCCUCCUUCCCCUCCACCUUCGCCCCCCCCUCCUUCCCCUCCUCCCCCUUCUCCUCCCCCUCCGUCACCUCCUCCAUCUCCCCCUCCACCUCCCUCUCCCUCCUCCCUCACCUCCUCCACCUCCCUCCCCUCCUCCUCCACCUCCCUCCCCUCCUCCACCUCCCUCCCCUCCUCCUCCACCUCCCUCCCCUCCUCCUCUCCCUCCCUCCCCUCCCCCUUUUCUGCCCCCUUCCCCGCCCCCAUCUCCGCCCCCAUCCCCGCACGCCCCUCCACCGCCCCCUUCCCGACGGCCCCCUCCGCGCAUCACCCCCACAGUCACCGUGGCACAGGAUGGUUCCGGGAACUUUUUCACCGUGCAGGUGCGUGCGAGAGAGAAUGUUUCCGUGUGUGCCUUGUGUGCACUCUGUGCAUCCCCUGGUUCGAACAGGAGGCGAUCAGGGCGUACCCGGUGGGGUUCAGCGGGCGCUACGUGGUGUUCAUCCAGCCGGGCUUCUAUCACGAGAAGGUGGCCAUCAACUCAACGUGCAAGAACGUCACGCUGCUGGGGCUCGCUGCUGCAUCCACUGUAAUCUCCUGGAACGACAACGCCACUGCCGGCGUUAACACCUUCCAGUCCGCCACUGUUGCUGUGGCCGGGACUGGAUUUGUGGCCAUCGGCAUUCGCUUUGAGAACACGGCAGGUAGGGCUGGGAACCAAGCGGUGGCGUUCAGGCAGUCGGGCGAAAAUGCGGCCUUCUAUGAGUGCGAGUUCAUCGGGUCGCAGGACACUCUGUAUGUGCACGUGGGGCGCCAGUACUACCGCAACUGCUACGUGCAGGGGUCAGUGGAUUUUGUGUUUGGCAACGGUGCGACCGUCCUGGACAACUGCACGUUCCACAUCCUGCCAUACGCGGGUGUGGCGCUCACGGCGUCGGGGCGAACCAACUACACGGAGAACACCGGCAUCGUUAUCCUCAACUCCGUCAUUCAGGGCAACCUUGUCAACAAGGCAUACCUUGGCCGUCCCUGGAAACCCUACGCGAGAGUGGCUGUCAUCAACACAAAAAUCAGUAAUGUGGUGAAUACGAGUGGCUGGCUCGACUGGGUGGGUACAGUAUACAACACUUCCACGUUCAUUGAGUACGGCAACAGUGGGCCAGGGUCUGUGGGGCCGCGCAUUGCAUGGGCUCUCCCGGGUAUCGUGAGUGACCCUGCGCAGGUCGCCAUGUAUUACCCCAACAACUUCCUCGCCCCCUUCUCCUCCAUCGCCAAACUCAUUCCCUUCCCCUGGCUCUGA